AUGGCCUCGCGGUCAUUCAUGCCUCUGCGGAGGACAUUCACCCAGUUCUCGGCGCGAAACGCUCGUGCUCCCAGUCGCAACACUGGAAGGUCAAUCCGCGGUUAUACCUCGGGACAGGAUCCCAAGCCGCCACAGCAAUUCACCGUUUGGCGUCCUUACCUACGGCUCGCCAUUGGUGUGCCUUUUAUUGGCGCACUCAUAUACUCCAUGGCCACCGGAGAAAUAACCGAGCUUGACUCCCCGUCUAUUGUCGAGCUGGACGAGGCCUUGAAGCACUCAUCCCCCAUCACCGAGUCUUCGCCCAUGCGCCUACGAAUGGAGAAGCUCAUCAAGGACCACCAGCAGAAAAUUGUCGAGGAAUUGAGCAAAAUUGAUGGCGUGGAAUUCAAGCAAGAUGUUUGGACGCGCCCCAAUGGUGGCGGUGGUAUUUCAUGCGUGCUACAGGAUGGAAAUGUCUUUGAGAAGGCGGGCGUGAAUGUCUCGAUUGUCUAUGGUGAAUUACCCCGGCCCGCUGUUGAGAAGAUGCGUGCCGAUCACAAGUCCUUCGUUGGUGCCGAUGUGGAAUCGCUCAGCUUCUUCGCUGCCGGCCUGUCACUUGUCUUGCACCCGCACAACCCCAUGGCUCCUACUGUGCAUCUGAACUAUCGUUACUUCGAGACUUCGGACCCGAAGAAUCCUAUCAGCGGUGACAAGAACUGGUGGUUCGGCGGGGGCACUGAUCUGACUCCGACCUACCUCUUCCCGGAGGAUGCCCAGCACUUCCACAAGACCAUCAAGGAUGCCUGUGAUCGCCAUGAUGCGACCUACUACCCCAAAUUCAAGGCAUGGUGUGACAAGUACUUCUACAUUCCCCACCGUGGCGAGUGCCGUGGUGUCGGCGGUAUCUUCUUCGAUGACCUUGAUGCCAACUUCCUCCAAUCUUCUUCCAGCUCGUCUUCCAACCCACAGGAGACCCUAUUUUCCUUCGUCUCGGACGGUCUGGCUUCUUUCCUCCCAUCCUAUGUGCCCAUCAUUGAACGUCGAAAGGACAUGUCUUAUACCCCAUCCCAGAAACAAUGGCAGCAGCUCCGCCGUGGUCGCUAUGUUGAAUUCAACCUGAUCUAUGACCGUGGAACAAGCUUCGGUUUGCGAACUCCCAACGCCCGUGUGGAAAGUAUCCUCAUGAGUCUCCCACGCACCGCCAGCUGGGCCUACAUGGAUCCAGUCUCGGGCACAAGGACCGAAAAUAUGCAUGUUGAUGAAGAGGAGCUGGGUGAGGAUAAGGCCAGUGAAAAAGAGAUCAUGGAUGUCUUGAGACACCCCCGGCAGUGGGCAUGA